GCAGACGGGAAGCCUUGCUUCAGCUUUCAGCCAGCUGUCUGCUCGGUGAAAUAAACAUGACGAUGUUGUCAAGUAUCGUGUUCCCAGUGCCACAGGACUAAAAGUUCAACACUGACUGCAACAGGGAAAGCCGGAUAUUGUGUCUAUUUAAAUCUGUGACAAACUGUUGUUGGACUGACACCAUUUUAACAAGCUGAGAAGUUGACUCGUAGCUUGCGAUUGCAAUGCCUCUGCUGUUUUUGGAGAGGUUUCCUUGGCCCAGCCUGCAGACCUACACAGCACUGAGUGUGGCUUUGCUUGCUGGUAGCAUCUUCAGUGCCUACACCACAGUAACUGACCCGGGAUUUGGGGCCUUGGAAACGGAUGAGGCACAGCCUCCCUCCGAGGUGGAGCGUGAACUUCUAAAGAAUGAUAUUAGUAACACAGAACUGGCAACAACUGUCCUGUGGUAUCUUGUCACAGACAGUCUCUUUGUGUGGGUGUUAGUGAACACAUUCUGCUGCUCUUUGAUGUUAAUUGCUAAAAUGAUUCAGUAUGUGGUGUUCGGCCCACUCAGAGUCAGUGAGAAGCAGCACCUGAAAGAUAAAUUCUGGAACUUCAUUUUCUACAAGUUCAUCUUCAUUUUUGGUGUACUGAAUGUCCAGACAGUGGAGGAGGUGGUCAUGUGGUGUCUGUGGUUCUCUGCACUCGUUUUUCUCCACUUAAUGGUUCAGCUCUGCAAGGAUCGCUUUGAAUAUCUGUCUUUCUCCCCAUCCACACCUAUGAACAGCCAUGUGCGUGUGCUCUGUCUGCUGGUCUCCCUGCUUCUGGACUGUUGUGGCCUGGCUGUGGUCUGCGGCCUCCUGGGAGCUUCUCAUGGCAUGCACACACUCUCCUUCAUGGCAGCAGAGUGUCUGCUGGUGACUGUGCGCACUGGACAUGUCAUCAUGCGAUACUCAAUUCAUCUCUGGGAUUUGAACCAUCCAGGGACUUGGGAGAGUAAGGGGACAUAUGUCUACUACACAGACUUCAUAAUGGAGCUGGCCAUGCUGUUUCUUGACCUAAUGCACCAUAUCCAUAUGCUGCUUUUCGGGAAUAUCUGGCUGUCCAUGGCAAGCUUGGUUAUCUUCAUGCAGCUGCGAUAUCUCUUCCAUGAGGUGCAGCGCCGUGUCCGCCGACAUAAGAACUACCUGCGUGUCAUCAAUAACAUGGAGACAAGAUUUGCUGUUGCUACUGCAGAGGAGCUAGCAGCCAAUGAUGAUGAUUGUGCCAUCUGCUGGGAUGCCAUGCUUACAGCACGCAAACUGCCCUGCGGUCAUCUCUUCCACAACUCUUGUUUGCGCUCAUGGCUUGAGCAGGACACGUCGUGUCCCACAUGUCGGAAAUCCCUUAAUAUUAAUGGGGAUGGGGGCCAAGCAAGAAGCCCGCAGCAGGGUGGGGGUUUGGAGGACAACAUUGGCCCAGUUGGAGCCCCCCCAGAUGCCAGACCACAUAUCAACCAACACAAUCACUUCUUCCACUUUGAUGGAUCUCGUAUCGCCAGCUGGCUGCCCAGUUUCUCAGUAGAAGUAAUGCAUACUACUAACAUCUUGGGCAUUGCUCAAGCAAAUAACUCCCAGCUUAUGGCUAUGGCCCAUCAGAUUCAAGAGAUGUUUCCUCAGGUGCCCUCCUACCUGGUACUACAAGACUUACAGUUGACCCGCUCUGUGGAAGUUACUACUGACAACAUCCUGGAGGGACGUAUCCAGGUGCCUUUCCCUACGCAGGCCAUAGAGCGAGCCCCUUUACAGGUUAAUCCUGCACCAGAUGAGCAGCCUGGGCCCAGUGGAGCAGCUGAGCAGGGUGAAUCUGACAACUUGGAGGUUAGAGGAGGCCGCUUCUCUAAGUCUGCAGAGGAGAGGCAGAAGAUGUUAAAGCAGAGGAAAGAAGAGAUGCUUCAGCAAGCACGCAGGAAAUAUCUGAACAAAAAUUCGGAGGAUCAGGAUGAAGAUUUGCCUGGACUGGAGGAGGAGGAGGAUGGCCCAGAAUUGGACUCAACUGUGCUGAGACGUAGAACCAUGGCGGCAGCUGCAGAGAGACGUCUACAAAACCUACAGGACCCUGCGCCCUGAUUCUGGCUUCAGCAGAAGGGUGUAGUACAUUGUUACCCUAAGAGGCACUGACAAGAGCUAUUUCAACUUUCCCCCAUUUGGUGUAGUCAGUGGUCAUCACCUAUAAAACAAAACACACAAAAAAAUUAAACCAUUGCAGACAUGGCCGUGGAGCGGUUUUGAGGCUGCCUAAAAGGGUGAGACUAUUGUAAAUAGCCUCUGUAUCACUGAAUUCAGCCUAGUAUUUGGAAUAUGAUCUAUAUAUUGAUUGGUGCAAGGUUGCAAUUGCCCUCUAUACAUGUGCCACACAAUGCAACCACCAGCUUCAAUAGACAGUCAGCAGCUGUCAUGAUUCAGACUGGCUGUCAAAAAACGAGCAUGCUUUGCGUUCAGAAGACUAUUACAAGAAGAUGUUUAUGAGAAGGGUUUGAAGGUGUCAUUGGUAGAUAAAGCUGUUAUAUGGGCCUUGGUUUUCCUUUCACAUAUUAAGCCCAUGGCAGAAAAUUCUGUAUUCUGGAUGGAGGAACUCAUCUGAUGUGUCUGUGUGUUAUUUUGAGUUUCAACUGUGAAUUAAGUGUAGGCAAAAUAACACAUUCUUAUUUCUUACAUAGGCGCAAGAGAAUGUCACUUUAGUAUUGUGCAGCCUUUCUGUCAAAUAUGAAUGUUUCUAUCAGAAAAAAAUGCUGCAAACAAAGUUGUUUAUUUUUUUCUUCUUUUCACCCGCAUGGGUUGUUUUCUAUUUAGUGUGUAAUAUCACCUGUUUGCAUUUUGUUAUUUAACAAGAUGGGGAAAUGGGCCUGUAAAUUUUUAUUUUUUUUUUUCCCCCAAAACCGGUCCCUUUGCGAUGCAUAUGCAGAAAAUAGGGAUGUAUUACAUUAUGAUCAAUGAGUGUUACAUGUGGUGUCUUUCCUACAGGAACCUCUGCACGGUAAAAAUAUCUUAUUCUGUUGAUUAAUGGGUGUGUCGGUCAUCUUUAUCUGUUGAGAAAGGCAAAAAUUGUCAAGUCUGCAACAGAUGGAGUUUCUGUGGUGCAUUUUAACUUGCUUGUUUUGCCACCAAUUCAAGAGGCUUCGUCAGUUUUAUCGGUGAACCCUUUCUUCUUUUGCUAGAAAUAGUGUUGCCUCUUGCAUAUGUAGCAAAACCAAUGAAGUUCUUAGCAAAUAACUGGUUUUCUCCUUGUUUAAAUAUUCUGCGACCCGAAUGACUGAGAAUCUUCAUGAAUAAACUUUUCGGGUUUUUUAUUUGAUUGGCCUUUUGUCUAUUUACAUUGAAUACUAGUUAAGAAAUUACACUAGUGGGGGAACAUAAUCACCUGCUGGUUUUAAUUUUUUUUUUUUUUUUUUUUUUUGGAAAAUGCACAGCUGUGCAAACUGAACGUAGCCGUAGAGGCUUUUUGGGUAUUGGUAUAUUUCACUGAAUCUGUAGCUGGUUGAUGCAUAUCGACAGAUAUAAUGAUGAAGUGUGUUUGAAUUCUAUCAUUACAAUGAAAAAAGGCAGUUUGGGGUGAGAUAUGCAUGCAUCUAUAAAAGUGAUUAUGUUUUCUUCAACUUUAUCCCAAAGAACAGCCCACAAACUUCCACUAAAACUGAAGUGUUGUUAUCUUUGUGUGCUCAUUUUAUUGCUCAGACUUUUUGUUUUGAGUGUUGUAAUAAGAUACAGCAUAGGAUUUUAGUUUAAAGAUUUUAAUUAUUCAACAUGUUUAAAUAAAUUUAAAAAAAAGCAAAAAAAAAACCAACCUAAAACUGGACAGUUUGGUUUUCAUUCAGUUACUUAGCAACUUUUAAAAUCCAUGAUAUAUUUUCCUAUGCAUGGAUUACCUUUCAUAAUCAUUAACUAUGGAAUCAGAAUUUAAAUAUUUUCUUUUGGACUGAGCUUUCUGGUAUUUUUGUGCCUAAAUCAAGAUGGUUCAGUUAUGGAUAAUUUCUGUAAAUCUAGUUUUUGUAAAAUAUGUUAAUAUAAAAGACUCAAUAAACAGCUUCUACAGCUUUUUAACAAAU